AUGCAGCUCAUAUUUACCCUCCCCGUGCUCUUUCUCGCCGCACUAUCAAAUGCGUCUCCAGUGCGCAGAGCAGAUGGUGUAUCCGCCGCCAACAGUACCGCAAAAUGUCCCGAUUACUGCGCCGGCACCGCUUACGACCCGGACCUGUCGGAUACUUACGUCUGCGGCGACUCCCGACUCGGCCCGAAACGUCUGCCGACGAAACUCCCGCUCGGGGAUCUCGUCGACGACUAUGACCGCUUUGGGGGGCUCUGCCCCGGCCAAUUCCUGGCCAAAUGGUACAAUGCCACUGCCGGAUCAUACAUCUACCCGCCGCAAGACGGAUUCCAGCUUAACACUGAUGGCGAGCGGAUUCAGGGGAAUAUCACCCUUCCCGUGGGCUUCCUGAUCGAUCGCUUUGGGUCCGAGUACGGCGCGUACACGAGUCCGUAUGCAGCACCAUACAUACAGAGAGCGCUGCCGCCGAGUAAUUUGGAUACGCCACAGACUAACCCGACAUACCCGUAUAAUUACCAUGUGUACAAUGUGACAAAGCCCUUUAUAGUCAACGCGGGACCCAUCGCGGGCUGGUUUGGCCAGCCGGGCCAGGGAGUCCAGUAUUUUUCGUCGUCAAACAUCAUGACGUUGCUGAAUGGAGGGUUUCUUGAGAGAGUUAAUCUUGAAUAA